AUUGCACAAGAAAAUCUACCUAAUUAUGAGCCUUUAGAAAUUUCUCUACUGGAGUUACAGUUUGUAAGUGAUACAUACAAAGAUAGCUUUAUAUAUUUCACGACUUCUGUUUUCCGCUCAAUGUAUUGAGGUGUUGAUGUGCUGAAUGGUCGGUAUAUGCCUUAGAUUCGUCUUAGAGAGUACAUUUUGUCUAAUAACAACAAUUUGUUUGCUCGAAAUUUUUAAAGCUGAACGUCAUAAAAUGAAAUUGUUAUUUCCAUCCUUCUUGCCAACAUCAACACCACUUUGUUUAUUUGUCCUUACAAUUGCUAACAGCGAAUGUUUACAUAACACUUUGAAAAUAUUCGAAAAACGACCUACUCAAAGUGAUGGUCCCUUAACCGCUAUACUUCACACCAAAUAAUAUCACUUUCAAAGUGAAUGUCAACUUUCAGUAUGUUCCGAUGUGUUUUUUCAUUGUCAUCUAUUUUCUGUGAAAAGAUGUCAAGAAAUUAGCAAGUCUCAUCUCACAGUUAGUAAAAGUCAAAUCGCUGCUGUUCUUCCAACUCAAAAUAAUCAAAAACAAAAGAAGAACGCUUCACAUGCACACUGGCAUUUGACUGUGCUUUUCUUAGCUCUGCUUAGCAUGAAUUCGCCAAACCGCAGUUUAAAAUCAACUCAAACGUAUUUACUCAAUAAACUAGAUGAUGAAGGAUGUUGUACCAAAAGCGAAUCACAUGCAACGAAACUGAGAGAAGAGACGAUAAGAGAAGCCGAGAGUGAGAGAAAGCAACAUGAUGCUGAACAAGUCUUCAGAAAAGAGUCUGCUAUAACUGAAGUCCAAAAUGGCUACAUGCCUGUUAGCCCUUCUAGUGCGUCCACUUCUACCAAGUUAAAAGAAUUGUCAAACGGACUACCCUUAGAAACAAACUUUUUAUGGACAGUAACAAAGGAGUUGGAUGUUGCUACAAGUGACGCCUUAAAAUAUGGUCAAGCAGUUAGUAUCAAUAAUGAUACAACUGUCCGAGCGUCUCGCUCGUACAUAAAUAGUGAAAUGAGCUCGGAGAAAUCAAAUACCGGAUUGAAUCUAUUUAAACCGGAUGCGUUAAUGAAUCCAGCAUCUCCAGAUAAUGUAGUUAAAACUUUGAAAGAGUCUCGCUAUGGCGCAUUUUCUGCGGAUUUGUUGGAGUAUCAUGAUCCUAGACAGAACUUAAUAAUUGGGACAUCAUCUCUAAUGUACCCUACGUAUGCGUCUUUCCAUCCGAAAAUCGUAACCACUGACGCAGCAAGCACAGACAAGGAACUAACUAAAGAGGAGGAAGAAGAACACAAAAAGAGCAGCACCACAAACGGCGAAUGCUUACAAACUGAUUUGGAGGAACGCUCUUUACCGGUGUCGUCAGAACGAUCUGCUGAACCAGUAAAAAGAAAUGAUCCGUCUUUAGAGCCCGUACAGACAAUUGCAUGGAACGUUCCGAUUGCAAAUGGCGAUUCGCUGCACGCACAUCCGAUAUUUGCGCCACGCAUCAUCUCACGAAUGCCGUAUGUUUAUCCUCCAAUCCCGACGCACCUUUUCCCAUUUAUUCCAUCGUAUUCAGCUUUACCUCCUUUCUUCUCGCCGCAGUAUUUACCACUACAACCUUGCCCUUCCAAUCCACUCAUUCAAUUAACUGGUCUGACACAGGAGGUGGACUACUUUAAGCGGAAACCAUCACCUUGUAUGUGGAUUUGCAACCGUACUGCCUUGGUAAAACCCGAUGCAGAAGCAAUAUGUGGUCGACAGUUUGACACAAUCGCGGACAUGGUGUACCACAUUGGUGAAACGCAUCUGAACAAUGCGUAUAACACGACAGGCACAAGCGACCAGUAUCAUUACUGUUUUUGGAAGGACUGUCAACGGAGUAUGAAGCCUUUUAAAGCUCGGUACAAACUUGUCAACCAUAUCCGCGUCCACACUGGUGAAAGACCGUUUCUUUGUCCAUUUCCAGCAUGCGGUAAAAGAUUUGCUAGAUCAGAGAACUUAAAAAUACAUAAGCGAGUUCACUCUGGGGAGAGACCUUUCUUGUGCGAACAUUCAAGUUGUACUCGACGUUUUGCAAAUUCGAGCGAUAGGAAAAAACACAUGCAUACUCAUACCUCAGAGAAAGGUUUUAGUUGCGGAAUUGAAAAUUGUCACAAGACAUAUACACAUGUUGGCGCGUUACAUAAACACAACCGGAAUCACAGUUUUACGGAAGAACAACCACAAACAUGCAAUAGCGUUGUCAAGGAAGACGAGAAAAUCAAGCAUUCCUCUUAUAUACCGAUGAUGAAUAACGCACCUAGCUUGGAUAAUAUGGAGAAAUCACGUGCUAUAAUACACGAACUAGAAAAGUCAGUAAAUCAUCAUUUACAUCAAGUUGGUGAAUUCAAAUGUAAACAAACUUCUACUUUAAGUGAAGAUAUUAUGAAUGGAGAUGACCCAUGAUGUAAAUACAUUUCGUGGAACUGUUUUUCGUUUGUAUUGUCAAUUUUUUUACAAAUUUAAUAUACAGUUCCAAGACCUAA